AUGUUGAAAAGCAAGAAUUUGUCGGCCCUGCUUUCACAGUCAUUGACCACGUUGCCGGAAGAGCCCCCGUUAUCGACCUACGGUACCACAUCGAACCCUCCACCCGCCAUCUUCUCCUCCCUCUUGGGCUCUGCUCUCGGUCGAGAAAUUGCCGCCUCGCAUAUCAAUCCUAACGCCAAGUACCUGGCCCACUACCAGGGCCUGGACUCGGACCAAAUUGCAUCAACAGAACAGCAGUGGCUCAACAGCGUGUGUUCGGGCGAGUCCAAGAAAAAAGUGCAUGUCAUUCUCGCCGCCCAGACUUUUUCCGAGUACCUGAGGGGCUGCACCAAGGCGCUGGACGGCUCCAAACCCAAAUGGGUCACCAUAGAGACCAAUGACGCGGUGUUUCUGGUGCGACAGAUCGGAGGAGAGGAAGGACUGUUGCUGGUCACCGUGGCAACGAGAGGCACGCCCCUAGGACUGCUGUUUACAAAGACCGAUGGAGUUUAUUCAGAGCUGGAAAAGGGUCUUGAAGGGUACAAGGUGGCGUAA